CUUGACGUUCCCCGCGAGAAUCCAGGAAGUGGCUCGCUCGCUCGCUCGCUCGCUCGCUGUUGUUUGUGUUCGUCGGUCGCCUCCGUGUUUCUGGUUGAAUACAGCACUCGUUCGUGCCGAGAUGGCCACGUUUAUUUCAGUCCCGCUGAAAAAGACCUCCGAAGUGGAUCUGGUGAAGCCGCUGUCGAAAUUUGUGACGGCCGCAUACCCGGCGAGCGAGGAGCAGGCAGAGUACCUCCGCGCCGUGGAGGAGUUGAACAAGCUGCGCAAAAACGCGCUGGGAAGGCCGCUGGACAAACACGAGAGCUCCCUGGAGAUCCUCCUGAGAUACUAUGACCAGCUGUGUGCUAUCGAGCCCAAGUUUCCCUUCUCUGAAAACCAGCUCUGCUUAACCUUCACAUGGAAGGACGCCUUUGAUAAAGGGUCGCUGUUCGGGGGCUCGGUCAAGCUCGCUUUGGCCAGUUUGGGUUACGAGAAGACGUGUGUGUUGUUCAAUGCUGCAGCGUUGGCCAGUCAGAUCGCCUCAGAACAGAACCUGGACAAUGAUGAGGGACUGAAGGCUGCAGCCAAGUACUAUCAGCUGGCCGGAGGAGCGUUCGGUCACAUUAAGGACACCGUCCUGUCGGCACUGAAUAGGGAGCCCACCAUGGACAUCUCCCCGGAGACGGUGUGCACCCUCAGCCACAUUAUGCUGGCCCAGGCCCAGGAGGUCUUCUUCCUCAAAGCUACUUCAGACAAGAUGAAAGAUGCUCUCAUCGCAAAGCUGGCUAAUCAGGCUGCAGAUUUCUAUUGCGACGCCUUCAAGCAAUGCCAGUAUAAAGACAACCUUCCCAAGUAUUUUUAUUUUCAGGAAGUGAUACCGGUGCUGGCGGCCAAGCACUGCAUCAUGCAGGCCAACGCUGAGCUGCACCAGAGCAUCCUUGCCAAGCAGAAGAAGCGCUUUGGAGAGGAGAUCGCCCGCCUGCAGCAUGCAGCAGACUUGGUGAAAAAUGUGGCCUCCCGUUACGAUGAGUAUGUGAGCGUCAAGGACCUGAGUGACAAGAUCAACCGAGCUCUCACUGCUGCCAAGAAAGACAACGAUUUUAUCUACCAUGACCGUGUUCCUGAAGUCAAGGAUCUGGAGCAUAUCUGCAAGGCAGUGUUGGUCAAAGCCUCUCCCAUCACACCUCCACUCAGCCAGAAAUUCACAGACUUGUUUGAGAAGAUGGUUCCCAUGGCGGUGCAGCAGUCCAUGAGUAUUUAUAGCCAGAGGAAGGCUGAGACUGUUAACAGACUGGUGGGAACAAUGAGGGAGACUACCAAUCUCUGCAACGGGGUGUUGGCGUCCCUGAACCUGCCAGCCGCCCUCGAGGAUCUGUCAGGAGACUCCAUCCCACAAUCCAUUGCUGAGAAGGCCAGAUCCGUGGUGCAGUUGGGAGGACUGCAGAGCAUCGAGCAGCUAAUCAAAGACCUGCCUGAGCUGCUGACUCGCAACAGAGAGAUCCUGGACGAGUCUCUGAAGAUGCUGGACAAUGAAGAAACGACAGACAAUGAACUGAGAACCAAGUUCAACCAGCGCUGGAACAGAACCCCCUCUGGAGACCUGUACAAGCCCCUUCGCGCAGAGGGCGGCAACUUCCGCGACAUCUUGGACAAAGCUGUGCAGGCCGAUCAGGUGGUGAGGGACCGCUACAGCGCCCACGGCGACAUGAUCGCCCUGCUGUGCAGACCCGAGGACGAGCUCAAUGCCGCCAUCCCCUCCGCCAACCCGACCAAAACAUUGCAGGGCAGCGAGGUGGUGAAUGUGCUGCGCUCCCUGCUCUCCCAGCUGGACGAGAUGAAGAAGGAGAGGGAGACCAUUGAAGGAGAGAUCAAGGCCGUGACCUUUGACAUGUCUGCCACCUUCCUGAUGGCACUCGCCCAGGACGGGGUCUUGAACGAGGAGCAGCUCUCGCUCUCUCAGCUCGACCAGUUGUACGGCGCCUACAACCAGAGAGUACAAGCCACCGUCCGCACGCAGGAAGAGCUGCUGGGACAAGUACAGACGUCCCACCAGGAGUUCAGCAGUCUGAAGCAGUCCAACACGGAGGCCAACCAGAGGGAGGAGGUCCUGAAGAAGCUGGCUUCAGCCCACGACAGCUAUGUUGAGAUCAGCAGCAACCUGCGCGAAGGCACCAAGUUCUACAACGACUUGACAGAAAUCCUGCUUAAGUUCCAGAACAAAUGCAGCGACAUUGUUUUCGCUCGCAAGACAGAGCGGGAAGAGCUACUUAAGGAGCUGCAGCAGAGCAUCGCCCGAGAGCCCAGCGCUCCAUCCUUCAAUGUCCCCGCCUAUCAGAGCACCCCUGCCGCUGGCCCCACCCCUGCACCCAGGACCGUAUUCCCUCUGCAGCCUCAACAAGCCCAACAGCAGCCACCAGCCAAGCCCCAGCCCCCAACCAGGCCUCCACCUCCCAGCAUCAUCCCUCAGGCAGCCUCCACGGCUCCUACCAACACACCAGCCACCGGCCCUCCCUCCAGCAACCCACCACCCAUGGCCCCGCCAUCCCAGGCCCAGGGACCACCUUACCCCACUUACCAGGGUUACCCAGGGUACUACCAGGUGCCCAUGGGUUACAAUCCCUAUCCCUAUGGCCAGUACAACAUGCCCUACAUGCCCUACCAGGCGACUCCCGGACAAGGAGGAUACCCAGGGGCCCCUCCUGCUGGACAACCCUACCCCGGCUACCCCCAGCAACCUCCACAGCAACAGCCCUACUACCCUCAGCAAUAACUCUCCUCUCCACCCGCUCAUUCCUCUUCUCUUUUGUUAACACCAAAUAAAAAAAUACCCCCAGCAAUAACACUUUAUCUCCAUCAACUACCGUUUCUCUGAUCCUUUUUUAAAAAAUUUUUUAUCUCUCUCUCUCCCCCUCUCUCACUAUCAGCAGCUGUAAAAACCCAAGUGAAUGGCGACCUCCAAGCUGCUUUGCACCUUGAUUCCCUUUUUUGUUCUUUAUUUUUUAUCUUUCACCAAAGUUUUCUUUUCCAUCUUACUUUCCUGAUCUCUGACGGCACUUUUCUGAAACUUAUCUCAACUCUCAUCGAUGCACUAACCCCCUCCUCUUGCCUUUAAGAUAAUUUAAAUGUAACUCAUAUUCUAAGAGUUUUGUUCCUUGUUUAAUUUAACCUAGUUUUCAUCAAUAACUGACUCUCCGUCUGGGCUGGACUGCUGUACAACAUCUCAUGGAGGCACACAGGACGGCUCUCCGUCUCCUGGGUUGAGAGUGUGUGUGUUGGGCGGGUGGAUGAUGGGAGUCAAGCCACUGAUGGGUGGGCGCAGCCACAUCUGCACUCCCGCCCAACCUCUCUGUGCUUCUAUAUCAACUAUAAUCCUAUUUUUGUAAUAAAUCCCGUUGCCUCGCUGAUGUAUAAACCUAUAAAAACGAAUGGCCUGCAGGUUUUCUAAUAUAGAUGAUGACUGUUGAGAGCUCGGCUCUCUCUUUCGCUCUUUCCUCUUCUCUCUUUCACCCGGGGAACGUGGGUAUAUUUCUGUUACAAUCAGAGGCUGUAUAAGAGGGAGAAAUGAUUCUAUUAUAUGAAUAUAUGUAUAAAUAAGACUGUAUGUGGUUAACCGAGACACUCUGUGCACUGCACUCUCCUGCUCUUUGUGUUUAUUUUUAUUCCUAAGCUCUAAUGUGAUUAAAAAAACAACUGCCAGCCAGA